GGCAUUUUUUCCUCCGAUCGGUAGCUAAUGUUCAGAGACAAUAUAGAGAAAUUAUAACCAGAAGUAGAUAGACUUCGGAUGAAUUGUAAUAAAAAGUGGCGAUAAUAGGGUAACGUACGUUACCUGCAUACAGAAAUCAUUAUGGCACAUGACGUUACAGUGGAUGCUUUGCCAUAUUAUGACAAAGGUUACGAUGAACCAGGAGUACGAGAGGCAGCCCAAGCCAUGGUGGAAGAAGAAACCAGGAGAUACCGACCAACCAAAAAUUAUUUGGAAUAUUUACCAACACCGAAUUAUCAUGCAUUCGAGACAGAAAUAAUGAAAAAUGAAUUUGAGCGAUUGACAGCAAGACAACCAAUGGAAUUGCUGAGUAUGAAAAGAUAUGAGCUUCCUACACCUCCAAGUGGUCAGAAAAAUGAUGUAACAGCAUGGGAAGAAUGUGUUAAAAACUCUAUGGCUCAACUCGAGCAUCAAGUUGUACGAAUUGAGAAUCUUGAACUCAUGUUGGAAUAUGGACCAAAUGCAUGGAAAGUUUAUAAUGAAUAUCUCGUACAAAUGCUGCAAGGAGUGCAGAAAAAGUUGCAGCAUGUAAAAAAAGAAAUUCAAGAAAUCAACUGGUCGAGAAAAAAUCAACAAAUAAAUGCAGGUGAAAGAAUGCAUAAACUUGAAGCUGACUGGGUGAAUCUUGUCAGUAAAAAUUAUGAAAUUGAAGAGGCAAUAAUAAAAAUCGAAGCUGAAAUUCAGUUGAAGUCUAAUUCUGCCAAUAGCUGAGAAUCAAUCAGAAACAUAGGUGGGAAAUUUUUCGACUGAAUAUGAAAAUGAACAGCAGACUCUGAUUUGACCUUGGAUUUUUCUCCAUAUGAAUUUCCCAAUGUUUGAAUUAAGACAUUCCCUGGUGAUGAUACACCAAGAAAAAACAUGAGCUUAUACAAUUUUUUUGCCUUCAAUUUUAACCAUACAAAUAUGAUUAAACACAAUAUCCAUUGUGGAUGGUAUUAAUUUUAUCCUUAUGUUGUAAUGGUGGCAAUUGUUGAGUUGAAAUCCAUCCAUUUGUAUUCAUGCACAUAAUUUAAUCGUGGGUAAUUUUGUACUCUAAUAUUCAGGGAGAAAUCUGAAACUUGAAUGCGUUUUAUUUGCGCUUGGAAUUUGGUAGGGUAGUUCAUUAUUUGGGUCAAUUGACUUAGACCUAUUUUUCGAACUGUUGUCAUCUUUUUGUGGGUGGUGGAUGAAACUCUGAAAAUAAAAAGUACAAUAUCGUUUUAGUUUAA